AAAUUGUUUAGAAGAAGACUGCAAUAGGAAUGUACAAUUUGAAGGGAAAUAGCAGCAGCUGUCCCUGACUAUUGUAAAAUGAUUUUGUAAGGAAUAAUGGAGUGAUCACCGUCGUGUAGGACUAAGACGAGAAUUCGCAGCUGUGUCUGUUUGUGUUCCUUUCAGGCAGGCAGAGAUGGAAACUCUCAUUCCCAUCAUUAACCGGCUUCAGGAAGUCUUCCUUACUGUUGGUGCUGAGGUCAUUCAUCUGCCCCAGAUUGUGGUGGUUGGGACACAGAGCAGUGGGAAGAGCUCGGUGCUGGAGAGCUUGGUGGGGCGAGACUUUCUACCCCGAGGGUCAGGGAUAGUAACACGGAGACCCCUAGUGUUACAGCUCGUCCACGUCCCCCCUUUGGAGGAAAGAAAGCACACAGAAAAUGGAAAUGGGACAAAACAAAACUCUCAGAACAGCUACCCAGGGAUCAAAGCUGAAGAAUGGGGCACGUUCCUUCACUGUAAAAACCAGAUAUUUACAGAUUUCAGUGAAAUCCGGAAGGAGAUUGAGGAAGAGACCGCUCGCAUGUCCGGGGACAACAAGGGGAUCAGCCCAGAGCCCAUCCAUUUGAAGAUCUUCUCUCCUCAUGUCCUUAAUCUCACUUUGGUGGACCUUCCGGGGAUCACCAAGGUCCCUGUGGGUGACCAGCCCGAAGACAUCGAAACUCAGGUGCAAGAGAUGAUCCUGUCCUUCAUCUCCAACCCAAACUCGCUCAUCCUCUCUGUGUCGCCCGCCAACUCCGACCUGGCUACCUGCGAUGCCCUCAAACUGGCCCGAGAGGUUGACCCAGACGGUCGUAGGACUCUGCUGGUGGUCAGUAAGCUGGACUUGAUGGACGCCGGCACGGAUGCCCUGGAGGUUCUGCUGGGCCGGGUCAUUCCGGUUCGGUUAGGCAUCAUCGGGGUGGUCAACAGGAGCCAGCACGACAUCAACACGCAGAAGAGCGUGGCGGACUCGGCGCGGGACGAGCAGGCCUUCCUGCAGCGCCACUACCCGUCGCUGGCGUCGCGGAGCGGCUCCCGCUACCUGGCGCGCGCCCUCAGCCGCCUGCUCAUGCACCACAUCCGCGACUGCCUGCCCGAGCUGAAGACCCGCGUGACGGUGCUGAGCGCCCAGUACCAGGCCCGGCUCAGCGGCUACGGCCAGCCCGUGGAGGACCACAGCGCCACCCUGCUGCAGAUCGUCACCAAGUUCGCCUCCGACUACUGCAGCACCAUCGAGGGCACCGCCCGCCACAUCCAGACCUCUGAGCUGUGCGGGGGAGCUCGGAUCUGCUACAUCUUCCACGAGACGUUUGGGCGCACCCUGCAGUCUAUUGACCCCCUGGGCGGCCUCACCGAGAUGGACAUCCUCACUGCCAUCCGCAAUGCCACGGGCCCGCGCCCCGCUCUUUUCGUGCCGGAGAUCUCCUUCGAGCUGCUGGUGAAGAAGCAGAUCAAGCGGCUGGAGGAGCCCAGCCUGCGCUGUGUGGAGCUGGUGCAUGAGGAGCUCCAGAGGAUCGUCCAGCACUGCUCCGCCUACAGCACACAGGAGCUCCUGCGUUUCCCCAAGCUGCACGACUCCAUCGUGGAGGUGGUGACCGGCCUACUGAGGAAGAGGCUGCCCAUCACCAACGAGAUGGUCCACAACUUGGUGGCAAUAGAGCUGGCCUACAUCAACACCAAGCACCCGGACUUCACAGAUGCUGCUCAGGUCUCUGCUUCCGUCAACAGCCAGCAGACGGAGACCCUCCAGGACGCAGAGAAGCGCUGGAAGAACGAGAAGGCGGCGGAGGAGAAGGCAGCCGGGGAGAAGAGCAAGGCCCCCGACUUCAGCAGCCCCACCAAGGGCCAGGCCAUCAACCUGCUGGACACGGCUGUGCCCGUGUCUCGCAGGCUGAGCGCUCGGGAGCAGCGGGACUGUGAGGUCAUCCAGCGCCUCAUCAAGUGCUACUUCCUCAUCGUCCGCAAGAGCAUCCAGGACAGCGUGCCCAAGACGGUGAUGCACUUCCUGGUGAACCAUGUGAAGGAGCGUCUGCAGAGCGAGCUGGUGGGGCAGCUGUACAAACAGGCCCUCCUGGAGGAGCUGCUCAUCGAGUCCCAGGACACGGCGCAGCAGAGGACGGAGGUCGCGCAUAUGCUGGAGGCUCUUCAGAAGGCCAGCCAGAUCAUCUCGGAAAUCCGUGAAACCCACCUGUGGUAGCCAGACGCCAGCCCGGGAGGACAGCUCCAUGCCCUCACCGGAGGCAUGUCCAUUAGUGUGUGUGUGUGUGUGUGUGUGAGAGAGAAUGUGUACGUGGAAGGGCGCCCGAUCUCACACUGACAGGCACACCACCUGCCCACAUUUCCAACUGUCCGGUUUGUGGGGCAAGGCAUUUUGGGUCUGUUUGUCCUGCUGGCCAAACAAAUAUGGGCAAUUGGAAAAUUUCUUCCCUGGUUUGAGAGCUUGAACAACGAUUUGUAUUUCAUAACAGAAUAACCAAAUCUUAGGGUUGUACUGGGUCAACACUUGGAGGUAAAUGAUGGCUUCUGCCACUGAAAAGAAAUCAGGCUUAAACAUAUUCCAUCAUCAGGAAAAAAAGCUUAACGCAACGCCAUUAAAGUUUAAUCCUAUGUCUGGCCGUGACAGGCUAGUUAUACUCGUCAGAUUUCACAAUCAAUAGGCCCAUUCACAGAGUACUGUGACUGGCGAUCAGUAUAACAAAACAACAGAUACUGAUUAAGAUCUGGGAAAGUGCUAUAAACAAACCUCCUGUUUUACUACUGAUGCAAAGCCGAAUAAUGAGCUCACAUUUUAUACACCAUUUUAAUUACGAAUUGUAUUUCAAUUAGCAUGAAGCAUGAUGUGAAGGGACCACGCUUUGAAGGGUUUUUCUGUGACUGCGUCUCGAACAAAACUGUAAUCUUGCAUAAACUUUCCGCCGUCGUUGGACUAUUCUUGGUAUAUUUUUGUACGACUAAAGGUUAUAAUUUUAUGUUGUUGUUAUGUUAUUGUUAUUGAGUGCUCUGCCAAGCAGGACAUAACGAUAAGGUGUAGGCUAGGUUUUGGGGGAAAAAAAGAGAACUUGGCGAUAUAUGGUGUGUGACGUGUUUACUUGUGUUGGGGUUGAUAUCCAUGUAAUAAGAGCAUUCCCUUUCUCUCCAGUUCCCCUUAAUUACCUCCUUUCAAGAGAAAGUAUCUCUUGUAUAAAGUGAUGCAUGAAGCUCGCAUUGCAUAAUAUGAUUGGCAGCUACCACAGUUCAGUUUUUUCUGGCCUUUAUAUUUAUAAAGCAGUGUACGGACAACAGUAUAUGGACGUAUGUCGACUGUAUACUACUGAAGAGCUUAUGAACAACCAUGUGAACAUAGAAAUUAUUGUGAAGUGUUUGGUAGAGUUAGAAUUCAAACCAAAGUAGAUAUUAUGGAUCCCAACAGUGUAAGGAACAGGGUGGAUGUAGUGAAAGUAGAUUGGAAGAUGCUGUUCGUGGGAUUUACGACGUGAUGUUUGCACAAGGGGCAAGAUUAUCUGUAAUUUUUUUUUGUUACUUGCAAAGCUACUCCAAUGAACGGUGCAUAGAAGUUGAGUGCUACUUGAACUUUGAACUCCACUUCCCAUGAGCUCCUCCGUGAAUCAUUGCACAACAUUUUGCCCGUAGAACUCAUUCCAGGUGUCUCAGGGAAAGAUGGGAAGUCCAGUUAAAUGAGGUCACUCUCCCACAUGGACUUUGGACCCUUCAUACUGCGGUUCACCUGGUCCAUCAAAACCUGGUGCGGAGGGAAGUCCUUCAGUUGGUGCAAAUGAACAUGUGCUUGCGUAUGUAGUCGUCUGUCCCAUCAUAAUUGUUGAUUCCCAAGAAUGUUCCUUGUCUCUAUCUUAGCCUUUCAUUGACUUUUGUGGAUAUACUGACUAGUAAUAAUGCACUGGAAAUGAGAUUGUUAUAACUUAUGUUUGGAUUGGUGGACACAUUAUCUUAAUAUUGCACCUUCCAUGUGCUGGUACAUCCUUUCUUUCUACCUUAUAUAACUUACAUGUUCUCAAAGCCAAAAGACAUAGAAAUGGUCAGUCUUGUGCUUUUGAUUGUGUCGUUGGUUAAGCAGAAUGAAUCCUAUAAGAGAUUGACGUAAAGGACCAUCUGUCAGAUGCACUGCCUUCAACACAGCGAGGACGGCAGUGCAUGUCAGUCUGUAUUUAUGUGGGUAUGUGUGUAGGUGUGACUGCGUAUGCAUUUUUGUAUUGUGAUUUUGUUAUAAAUUAACUGCCUGAAAGUGCUUGCCUGCCAAUUUUUGUGAUACUCCUUGGUGUAACUGAUAGUGUCGGCGAAGGGGAACCAUUAAAACCAUGUGAGAACUCA